AACAUGGAGCUGGUCCCUCUUUCACCCUUGUUGCUGCUGCUGCUGCUGCUGCUGCUGCUCUGGGUCUCCUUCACAUCGAAUGGGGUGAAGAAUGGAGGGAAAGGUCCCCUGCCCCCUGGGCCCACCCCACUCCCCAUCCUGGGGAAUUUUCUCCAGCUGGACCGAAAGAAUCUGGUCCAGUCCCUGAUGAAGAUGGGCGAGGAAUACGGGCCGGUGUUCACCGUCUUUCUGGGACUGCAGCGGGUUGUGGUCUUGUGUGGCUACCAAGCCGUGAAGGAGGCCUUGGUGGACCAGGCAGAGGAAUUCAGUGGGCGAGGGCAGCUGCCCGCCUUCUCCAAGGACUUCAACCACCACGGGAUUGUGUUUGCCAACGGGCAGCGCUGGCAGAAGCUCCGUCGCUUCUCCCUCACCAUUCUGAGGAACUUUGGGAUGGGCAAGAGGUCCAUUGAAGAGAGAAUCCAGGAGGAGGCCCAGUGCCUGGUGGAGGAGCUCCGGAAGACAGAAGGGACGUCCUUUGACCCCACCUUCCUUCUUAGUCGAGCUGUCUCCAACAUCAUCUGCUCCAUUGUGUUUGGGAAUCGGUUUAAAUACAAUGAUGGAAAGUUCCUCAUAUUGAACAAGCUGAUAACAGAGCGUUUCCGCCUUGCAAGCUUAACUGCAGCCACGUUCUACAACAUCUUUCCGGAGAUCAUGGAGAAGAUCCCUGGACCGCAUCACGCAGGCCACAGGUGCUCCCAGCAGAUCAUCGGCUUCAUAAAGGAGAGGAUCCAGAUGCAGCAGGCCUUGCUCGAUCCUUGCGCCCCCCAAAAUUACAUUGAUUGCUUCUUGGCAAAGAUGGAGCAGGAAAAGCACAACCCGGAUUCUGAAUUCUGUGUGGAGAAUUUGGUGAUGGCCACUUUCAAUCUGUUCUUUGCUGGGACAGAAACCAUCAGCACCACCCUGAGAUACAGUUUCCUCAUCCUGAUGAAGUACCCGCAGGUCCAAGAAAAGCUCCAUGAGGAGAUCGACCGAGUGGUUGGGGCCGGCCGCUCGCCCUCGGCUGAGGACAGGAGGCAGAUGCCCUACACGGAGGCGGUGCUGCAUGAGAUCCAGAGGUUCAGUGACAUCCUGCCCAUGGCCCUCCCACACGCCGUCACUCGAGACACCCGCUUCAGGGGAUACGCCAUCCCGAAGGGGACCUAUGUCUACCCUCUGCUCAGCACGGUGCACUAUGACGCUGAGCAACACGCCCGUCCCGAGCAGUUUGACCCCGGGAGAUUCCUGGACAGCCACGGCCACUUCAAGAAGGCAGAUGCCUUCAUGCCUUUCUCAGCAGGGAAGCGGCUGUGCCUGGGCGAGGGCCUGGCCCGCAUGGAGUUGUUCCUCUUCCUCACCACCAUCCUGCAGGCCUUCACUCUCAUGCCACCGGUGCCCCUGGGCGAGGUCAGCAUUGUGCCCAAUGCGAGUGGCGUCAGCCGUGUGCCCAUGAGAUACCAGCUCUUGGUGGUGCCGCGCCAAACUUGA